AACUGUAAGAGAUUAGAGAGGAUUGAGAAAAAUUGUAUCUCAUUAGCAUGAAUCCUUUGCGUGUUUCGGGGUGAACUGAAUUACUACAAAGCUGCUAAGAUAGAAUCUUUCUGACAGCUGAAUUUACAGUGUAUGAUGUCCUCAACCCUAGUAGAGACAGUCUCUAUUAAUUAUGACGAUUUUAAUGACAGUUUCCUAACCUGCGGAACAUGUUUGUGUUUAUAUGACAGUAUUGAACACAAUCCUAAACUUCUACCUUGUUCACAUACUGUAUGUAAAAACUGUUUAGAACGGAUUAUAGCAGCACAACCACUAGACACUGGUAGUUUUAGAUGUCCGAUAUGUCGCGAAACAAUCCACGUACCACAGGGUGGAGUCUCGGCUUUCCCACCAAGCUUUCUCGUCAAUCAGUUACUAGAUCUAAUGGCUAGUCAGCGUCGAGAUGUCGUUCCAAAAUGUUCGAUUCAUUCUAACCAAGAACUAUUGUUUUGUGAGACUUGUGAUAUCGUUUUCUGUACCUUGUGCACAGACAAUAAUCAUAAUGGGCGGGGUGCUAGCGAACACACUGUGAUUCCAUUUGCGAUUGCGAUCAAAAGAAUGUCCGAAAUUCUCCUAUACAAAGCACAUUUGUGCAUUAAGAAUCUCAAUGGAGCUUAUGAAAAUAUAUCGGAUGAAUUACGAUGUUUGGAACAAUCUGUGGAUAGAACUUUGGAUUCAAUUAAUAGAUCUUUUCAAGAUGUGAUAGCAGUUAUUGAAAAACGUCGACAUGAAUGCCUGCAACUGGUACGAAAGAUUCGUGAGGAUAAAAGAACAGUUCUUAAGGAACAAUUGGACCUUAUUCACGGGGAAAAGGACAAAGUUCAGUUGGAUUGUAGCAAUUUAGAAUAUCAGGUUGAAGUCAGGAACAUAACCAAAAAGAUCAGUGAUUUGAAUGAGAAAUUGGAUUCAACCAGUAAUCUAGCGGAACCACGGGAGAACUCAUUUAUUAAAUAUGAAUACAAGCAUAAUGAUGCUCUGAAACAAAUCGAAAGUAGCAUUGCCAAAUUUGGUCAGAUCAAGAUCAGUACAACUUUCCCUGCUCUAUGUACAGCACGAGUUGGCGAAGCAACCUCCCAUUUACGCUGUACGGCACAAGUCAUGACAGUAGAUUACCAUGGCAAUCCCAGAUUAACAGGCAGUGAUCCUGUCACUGCAGAAUUGCGAACAGAUAAAGGGAAUUUAGUUGAAAGUAAAGUCAAGGACAAUGACAACGGUACAUAUGAUAUAGUUUUUGUUCCACCAGCCUCAGGACGCCUCAAAUUAAGUGUAAAUAUAUUUAAGAGACCCAUCAAAAAUAGUCCCUUUAUGAUUGACGUAAGUGAUCAUAUAAAUCCAGUCUGGAAGCUAGGUUCAAGAGGAUCUGGAAACGAAAAUCUCAUGCAGCCUGUUCGUAUCGCUGCUAAUCCAAAUGGUCUCAUAUUUGUUUUGGAUACGGGUAACAGUCGCAUAAAAAUCAUGAAGCCUGAUGGGCAAAUCGAUCGUCAUAUAGGACCAGAAGGGCUAGAAAACCAAAGUGCAACGGGACUAAGUCUCACUCAUGACGGCAACAUUGCUGUUGUUAAUUGGAGAAACAAGAAUGUAUCGAUAAUUGACCCGGAGGGGGAUCUAGUCAAACAAUUCACCUCCACCGAGUUCAUAGAACCAACCGAUGUGGCUGUCAACAGUCGUGGGGAUGUCAUCGUGGCCGACAGCGGUGCAGCCAAAAUAUUUAUAUUUGGUCAGGCAGGAAAUCUUAUCACAACAUUUGGUAGUAAAGGGACACGAGACGGUCAGUUUAAACUGAUAUCGUCGGUGACCGUGGGUAAAUGUGAUGAGAUAUUAGUUACAGAUCAUCGUAUACAAGUAUUUAGUAAAGAUGGCAAGUUCUCGAGAUGUUUAUGUGAUAGUGGAAAAGGUCAGUAUGGCGGUAUAGCUGUAGAUACCAGUGGACUUAUCCUGGCCACGAAAACAGAGAAGGGAAAGUGUUAUAUUCAGGUGAUGAAUUCAAGUGGUAAAUUACAAUAUUGUAUAGACAGCAAUGCUGAUAAGUUAAAAAGACCAAGUGGAAUAGCAGUUUUGCCAAAUUUUUACAUUGUCGUAGUAGAUUUGGGCAAUGAUUGUGUUAAAAAGUAUAGAUAUAAAUAGACUAAUGUUAUGGAGUAAUAUACAUGUACAGUACUAGCUUACAGUUCAGCCAUGUUGUAGUGUGACAACUAUCUAUCAACUAUUAUACUCUAUUUCCAUAAUAUAUUAUUUAUUCAAUUGCUAUCCUUUAUUAUAAUUGAGAUAUUUUUCUGAUUCUUUGUCUAGAAGAUGAUGUUCAUACAGUAUAAAUCUGUUUUUUUAUUGAUUGACAUAAAAAGGUACUAACGCAUCCUUUUGUUCGUACAUUUCUGGAAAUUUGAUAACAGUAUGCCUAUCAAGUAAUUAGUAAUCAUGAUUCACUAUUACAUAAAUUACAUUUUAAGAUUUGAAAAUGUUAAAGAUGCAUUAUGUAAGGUUUAGAUAAGAGCUGGUUGUUCUUGCUAUAAUAGUUCAAAUACGGAUAAUGCCAAAUGAAUAUAUUGGAAAUUUCAUUCAAAUUACUUUAUUCAAUUAAAUUGGUCAAUUAAAAAGGAACUACUUUUUUAUAUGCCCAUAUUUUCAUCCGUUUGUCCGUCCACAAUUUGUUCGUAGACACUGAACAGGUCACAAUUUUUAUUCGAUUUUGACAAAACGUGAAAAAUAGCUCUAUCUCCCAAAGUUCUCGAUUCCUUUUGAUAUGGGCAUGUAUCGAGCCAUAACUUCAUGGAUUAUGGCCUCUGAUAGCUUGUGGACACUCUAUAUAUAGAGGUCACAAUUUUCAUCUGAUUUUGAUUGAACUUGAUAUACAUGGUUAUAAUUCAAAUAUUUUGGUUCCUUUCGAUAUUCGUGCCUAUCAAAUCGUAACUUCCUGAAUUAUGGCCCCUGAUUGUAAGAAAAAUCUCGUUUUUAGCUUGUGGUUCCUCUAGAGGUGACAAUUAUUAUCCAGUUUAAAAAAAAACGUUUGAAUAUGUCACCAUUACACCAUAAUGUCAGUUGAGUUCAAAUUUUGUGAAAAUCGGACCAAAACUGCCAGACAAAAUGACUGCCCUACGUACACAAAUACUAAUAGUGUAAAAAUAUGGUAUACCAAGGUUGAGGACCCUCUAGAGGCCUCAAUUUUGAUCCGAUUGUGAUGAAACUUGAAAUGUAUGUUUAUAACCCAAAGAUCUUGGUUCCUUUUGACGUUAGUAUAUAUCAAUCUUUAACUUCCUGAAUUAUGGCCCCUAAUUGUAUGAAAAAGCAUGUUUUUUAGCUUGUAGAUUCUCUAGAGGUCACAAUUUUUAUCUGAUUUUAAAACCUGUUUAAAUAUAUCACCAUUCCACCAUAAUGAAGGUUGAAUUCGAAUUUCAGGAAAAUCGAAACUAAAAUGGACGCUCUUUGUAUGCAAAUUGUGUAGGAGUAUUUAGUACAAGGAUUUGGGGACCUCUAGGGGUCACAAUUUUUAUCUGAUUUUGAUGAAACUUAAAAUAUAUUGUUAUAUCUCAAAGAUCUCAGUCCCUUUCGAUAUUUGUGCAUUUCAGACUUUCUGGAUUAUCGCCCCUGAUUGUACGAAAAAACGCUUUUGUUUUUAUCCUGUUCUCUAUCCAUCUCUUGCAAAAUGUGGGCAUAUCUUGUCUGGCAACUGCUUGUUUUAUUAAAAAAGGAACUACUUUUUGGAUCCAGUAAUAUUGUUUGAGAAAAGUUCUCAAUUACCAUAAACAAUUACAAUACUCCCCAUAACCUUAAAGGAAAUACUGUGUCAAUAUAUAGAACUUUGCAACGGGUGACUUGUUGUCAAAAAAUGAUGUAUCACUACGCCGUAAUGUAAUCGAGUUCAGUAAAAUUAAAUCUAUACCAAAGAAUUAUAUUAUUUAUUUGUGUGAGCAAGAAAGGUUUGGGUGAUAAAUAAAAUCUCCUACUCGUCUUAUUUGAUAUCAAAAAAUCUCAACACUCAUCAAUAAAGUUUUAAAAAAUUUGUAUCGGCUUGUGUUGAUAUUUUUUGAUAUAAAAAAACAGACUAGUAGGAGAUUCUCUAUUUAUUGUAACAACAAUACUUGUUAUUUGAGACUGAGCCUCGAUUCACCAUUUUUAAAUUAAAUCAUUAAAUAGCGACCCUGUUUUAAUUUGUUUAAAUCUCAGCCAUCCAAUCAUCUGGGGAGUUGACUACAUGUAUGAACAUCAUCUUUUUGAUUUUGAUUUAGGCUUUUACUCUUGCUACUGUCUAAUCUGUAACAUACAUGUAUGCACAUAACACUUGAAAAGUCGACAUACAUGUAUAGUAUAGUAAAUAAUUUAGGUCAGUCUGACUGUUAUUAUGUUGGAUCCAACUGAAUCCAAGAUUUUUUUAUCCAUUCUGUUUUUUACUUGUUUCACUAGAAAGCUGGUUUUAAACAUUUUGUCAAUCAGUGGUCUUAUUCCAGAAUCAUUAUGUAGUCUGUUAAUUAUAAGUUAAUUUGGAGUGUACAAUGUACAUUUCAUGUAACUACAAUGUAGGACCCAUUAUAUUGAAAUACCCAAUUAUUUUGUCCCUAGCUUUAUUAUGCAAUAUACAUGUCCUGCAUUUAUUUAUAUGAAAGUUAAAUUGUGAUAUUAUUUUAUUGAAACAUUCAUCAUUGAUUACCUCGAUGAAACGGACUUGGUGCACAUCAUGUGAUUUUAGAUUUUAGUUUUAACUCCACACUGCAAAAAUUCUGUCGUUUCAUUUUUAGAGUUGAUCAUGCAUGUACAAUUUAGACAUUGUUGUUAUAGUCAUACCUAUAUAAGGCUUGUCAUAAUAUCAGGUAGCAUUGUUUUUUCGUAGAUUCAGAUUUAGUAGAAUUAUCAAAACAUUGGUUUCAAUGUUUAUACUUCAGUCCUUUUCUGCACACAUUCACGUUUAAAUACAUGUAAAUGCUGCAUAUAUGUAUUUUAAUUAUUUAUUUGCAAAGUGAAUGUGUUUUUGUAUAAGAAAAUAAACUUGGAGGCAUACAGUAUACAUGUUUAUACAUAACCUUCACAUACAUUUAGUUAGGUCUAACUUAAGUGAGCUGUAAUAAAAGCUUUGUAUACAAUUAAUAGUAUUAAUAUGAAAAUUACAGUAUAGAUCUCUAUUAAAAACAAAGUGUGAAUUUCCAGCAGACAGUGAAUCCGUGUAGUUCAGCACUCAUUUUUUUUCCACAAAUGUGUUCAAAUAGUGUGAUACAUGUAGAAUGAUCCACAAUCACUAUUUAUCACACCGGUCCUUAUAUGGAUAUAAAACCAUAAAAAAUAACUUUUGUCCAAAGUAUAAAAAUAUUGAAUUUGUAUUGAUCAGAAAGCAUUACUAUGACAUCAGUUAAAAUGAUAUAUAGAAAAGAAAUCAAAUGGGGUUUAAUGUCCUGCUGUUCUGCUGGGCUAAUGAAGACGGUUGAUCUUUUAUUCAUAUUACAAAACAAGAUUAAACUCUCUAAUCGUCAUUUGAUGGAUUUUAAUUCCUUUCAAACUACAUGUACAAUAAUGUAAAAGUUGAAUCUCUGAAAGACAUUUCAAUCCAAAUAUGGCUCAAUUCCUUUCAGUAUUUACAAAGAUAUGAUGAAUAUAAAGUUUGUCAACUUUCAGCAGAUGAUAUAAAUGACAUAGUCGAAACAAGCCAGCUUUUAAUCUUUGCUAAAAUCUUUUGUUCAGCCUCUUAUAUCCAAUUAAAUCCAACCUACAAUGUAGUCUACCAUUUGUAAUUUGUUUUCAUAAUUGUUAAAUAAUCAAUUUGAGUACAUAUUACAAUGGAUAUAGCCUUUAAAAAUGUGAUACAGUAUUGUCCAAAAAAUGCAAAUGACGAUCAGUGACUCUCAUUUUCAAUUUACAGGGUAGUUUUAAGGAAAUAUUCGCCACCAAUCCUGACAUUGAAAGAGUUUUAGUUCACAAUGGUACUUUUUACAUUCAAAGUAUGAGACCAUGAAAUUUUUCUAAAUUAUUCACUUUAAAAGGGGUAACAUUACAUUAAUGUAAAUGUGUACAGUAAAAAUGUAUUUAUAAUAAUAUUGUACACAGUGUAUAAUUAAUAUAUACAUUAGAGUAUAUUCAGUAAAUGUGUAUAGAAGUGUAUAUAUAAUAUACACUAGAGUAAAUCAUGUGUAUUUUAGAAGUCUAUAUAACAUUGUACACUGUGUAUAAUAUACACAAGAGUAAAUGUGUAAAUGUACAGUAGAGGUGUAUAUAAUAUUGCAAUUUGCAUACUGUGUAUGAUAUACAUGUACACAAGAGUAAAUGUGUACAGUAGAGGUGUAUUGUAAUGUUGUGCACUAUCUUGAGUAAAUGUGUACAAUAGAGACAUGUAUAUAUAGUACACUGUGUAUAAUAUACACUAUCUAGAGUGAAUGUGUACAAUCAGGAUGUAUAGGUAAUAUUGUACACAGUAAAUGUGCGCAGUAGUGGUGUGUAUAUAAUAUAGUACACUGAGUAUAAUAUACACUAUCUUGUAAAUGUGCACAGUAGUGGUGCGUAUAUAAUAUUGUACACUUUGUAUAAUAUACACAAGAGUAAUUGUGUACAGUAAAAGUGUAUAUAAUAUUGUAAACUGUGUAUAAUAUACAUUUUGAUUUAUAAAUGAGCGAUGAACCAAAAGUAUUAGUUUAUUUCUAACUGUUCUGCAUGGAGAUACUCAAUUGUCAGUUCCAAAUCUUUUGGGUUCAUAGAAAUACAAUUGAGUGCCAUGUUAUGGAGUUGUCAGUCCCCAUAACUAAUAUGGGGUGAGAGCAUCAUAACAAACACAAUCAACAUGUUGAUUGGUGAAGAUUUAUUUAGCUGGUGCAUAUUUUGUCACCCGUCCGGAAGGUACAAUUUGGUAUCAGGUCUGUGUUUUAUUCAGUUUGACACCUAGCAAUAGAUUUAUCAUCAUAAAUAAUACACUUUUUAUGGAAGUAAUAUAAAGAAUAAUUUUAUCUCCACUGAACCACCAAAAUAACUUAUAAGAAACAAAUGAAGACUGUAUACAUGUAUGAGAAAUGUAUGAUUACUCAUCUUUUAUACAAUAUUGAGUUUUAUUUGUGGUGAAUUGUACAUGUAUGUUGUUUAAUCAAGAGUGUUAUUUUCAAUCUGUUGAUUGACAUUUGAUAUAACAGAUUUUGUUUGAUCAACAGCUCUGGAUAUAUGAGCCUACAUUUAUAUCAAGAUACUGACACGAGUAUUGAGAUAGAAAUCAAACAUACUUUUAUGGCUAAUAUGUUGUAACUUCAGCAUGGUUUUUACAAUGUUGCCUUGCCUAAGGUUGCCUAAGGUUUUUUGUUUGUGCAUUUUUUCACCUUUACAUUAAGGUCUAACAUCUUUAAGACGUUUGUAUUCAAUUGACCUAACCUAGCCAAGAAUGAUUUUAGCCAAUCACAAAUUAGCUUUGAAAAGAACAGAGAAUUCACAAAGAAGUAGUUAUAACUUGAUGUAGUGUAGGCCAACUCACCAAACUUAAAAACAAAAUAAAAUAAAGAUCAGAUUUGUAUUAGAUUGCAGUAUAGCCAUAAUUUGUACAUUACCUCAAAUAGUGUAUUAUAUAUGGUGUAAUAAUGGCAUGAACAUUUAAGAUGAACUAUUAUAACUAACUAUGCAGUAGCUAUAGACUAGUACUUACUAGUAGUAGUAUUGAAUGCACAUACAGUAUAAAGAUCUAAUAAUAGUAUUACAGCCUUUUGAAAGCUGGUAUUUUUAGUCCCAGCUAUUUUAUACACAUGUAUUAUAGAUCCACUACAUGUAUGUAUCUGUAUUUACACUAUAUUAUUCAGAUUUAUCUUAAAGUCUGCACUUUUACUGAUUUAGAUUACUUAAUCUUAAUUAUUUUUCAAUUUAGCAGAACUAAAUCUCUUAAAACCAAUUGGACCAUGAACAGUUAACUGGUUCACAUUGUUAAUUGCUAUGCUGUAGAUUAAAGUGGUGGACACACUAGCAGAAUGAUUUGGCUGAAUCAAUCGGCGUUGAAAUUCGUCUAGUUUGUCCACUGUUAUUCGGCCGAAUGAUUCACCAGAAUCAAACAUAUUCAACCGAAUUACAUUCACCUAGUGUGUCUGCUUUGCCGAAGCUUUCGCCCGAUUGCCAGUCACCACUUAUAUCCAGAAGUCACAUGAUUGAAAACAUGGUCGCUGCCUUGUUUAAUCAUGUGACGUGAAAGGUGAUGCAAUCAACUGGUGGAUCGGGUGAAAGCUGGUGUGUCCACUCAUUCGGCUGCAAUUUGGCACCGAUGGAUUCAGUGGAAUGAUUUGGCUAAUGUGUCCACUGCUUAAGGUUUUAAGUUCUCUUAAUUCUUUUGAGAUUUAAUCUUUUUGGAUAUAAACCAUUGUUAUUUGUCUGUGAACGGUGAGCUAGUCCCAUCCAAUAACCUUGUUAUCUCCCUUUAAUACUUAUUGCUUGAUAUGACCAGGAGGAUCUAUCAUAUUUUUGGUGAUUGUACCAGGCAAGUUUCAGUGGACUUCUAUGGCUGUAGACAUUUUAUGGAUAAAUAUAAAUCUGCUUCUCUUUAGAAUUUGCCAAUCCUGAUAAAUUUUUUCAAAGUUCAAGAUUGAUUUACUUAAACAGCCUCUCAAUGGUGUUAAAAAUAAGAGAGAGAGAGGGUUUAACCUCCACUUGACACAAACUAAGUCAUUUUGGGACUAACAUAUGGUUCAAUUUUAUUUCCAUAAUUUGCUUGCGCGUAAGAGUCUUUAACAGUGGGAGGAAACCGGACGACCCAGAGAAAAACCCACGAGGUUGGACAGGCGACCCUACUCCUUGUCGUGUACAACUGGGGAAUCAAAACCACGCCAGUUGACUCAAUGACAGACUUUAUGAUACAGCGCGCAUGAGCUAACCAUUCAGCCAUCCAACCCCCCUGUUAAAAAUAAAAAACUAUUGUGUUAAAAUCGAACAAUAAAUUGCUUCAUUAUCUUUAGUUGUAAAUACUAGUUGUAUACUCAUACCCUAAUGUGCUAUGUCAACAGUUAAAAUUGUAAAGAAGGCGGUUUAUUGGACUUUCCAAAAUGUGAAGUUUCAAUGCUGAACAUUCAAAAUUGGAACUGGAAAAAGGGGUGCUUUAUUUAUGCUACGAAAAUCAAAAGAUGAAUUGUAUUGAAGUCCAAUACAUAUUGGUGCACGUGUUCAAUUUAAUUGAAUGAUGUAAUAUUUGGGGAUAAGGAAAUUCCUGGAUAAAUCACAAGUUCUGUCAUUUAGCUCCAAGCCAAAGUUAUUUUUUAGGGUUUUUUUUGUUAUUAAUCAAAAGAUUACCUGUAUGUAUGUGUAUGAGUUUUGGGGUUUUUUUUGUUUAAAUUAUAUUGUAUUUGAAUAUUUGUUUUAAUAUAGUAUUUGUAUAUUUUUUGAAGCUAAGGAAAUUUGAUUUGAAAUGAUUAGACCUCUUUGAUUUGAAUGAUUAAUUAGUGUUAAUUAGUUUUGAUGUGUUAAUUUGCUUUGUGAAGUAGGUAUCUGCCUACAUUGGAAAUUUUAGGCCCAGAGUAAAGAAAGUGUUGAAAUAUAAAUGAAUUUGUGUUCCACUGUUGACAGUUUAAACCGAAAACAAAACUAAAAUUAACAAAAAAACAACUUUCACUUAAUUUUAUCGUAUGAAUGAACUGAUGUUUAAUGACAUGUCAGCACCAACUGGGCUAUAUUGUGCCUAAUAACUUUAUGGAAAACUAGAAAUUUAAUUGUCCCAUCACUAAAUGAAAUACAAUGUCAGAUCAACCCAUUCAAAGAGGUUUAAGCUCAUUUAAAUUUUGUGUAAUAAGUAAACCUUGUUCCUAACAUCACAAUUUUUUUUCAACAUGUAGUAUAAAGGCCAUGUUCAGAAAUUUUUACUUUAAAGCAAAUUUGAAUAAUUUUUUGGGCCCUAUACCAAAAUUAAUCUUAGUUAAUAAGAUAUUUGUCUCCUUCACAACAAAUAUGGAAUAAAACAGUAGAUUUGUCAAUAUAUCUUUAUUUGGUAAUAAUAAUAGAAACCCAACAAAAGAAUAUUUACUGAAUAUACAUAUCUAUUGAAGAAAAAGGACCUGUGAUAAUGAUAAUAAGGUAAUAAGAGAUGACGUUUAUGAGAAGGGUCAUAGAAUAAGAGGAUUGAAUAAUGUCAACUAUAUGAUAGAAAUUAUAUAUAAAUCUUCAUAAGACAUAGUGAGAAUUUUAUAAGAUAUAGAAGGAAUUGUUAUGAAGAGAAAUUGUUAACAUAACAAUAUAUUUAUAUUUAUUUAUGGUAGUCUAUAAACUAAAUUAGUUUUAUGUCUUAUUUUUUUUUUUUUUAAAUCAUACAAUAUAUGUUCUUCAUUAUUUAUUAUGUAGACAAGUGGUGUCUAAAGCUUGAUUGUGAAUUUGUAAAUAAAAGUAUGUAUGGUUCUAUAAAGAUAUAUUAUAGCCUUUCAAUAUAUUAUAAUACAACAUAUUAUUUAGUUUCGACUAAAGCUAUUUAUGCAAUUAUAGUUUUUGAUGUGCAAUUGUGCAUGUAAAAAGAAUUGGGUUUUAUUAGUAUUAUAUUCGUUAGAAUAUAUAUUAUUUAUAAUAUAUACCUACAUGUAAUAAGGAUUUUUUUUUUAAAUAUUUCUCUUCACUAUUAUUAUAUUGCACCCUUGAACCACAGAACAAUUUGGACAAGUUUAUGGGCCCCAUUAAAAUUAUGUCCUAAACGUCAUAUAUGAUGCCCAUUCGUUGGUACCAAGUAAGAGGCCUGAUCUGGGAAUAUGGAGGCUUCAGUUGAUAAAGUUACUUUCUGGUAAACCUGAUCAGUGUGUCUUUUUUAUAAAUUAAACACAUGUCUUGGCAAUGUAACAACCUACGUCUUAGUGACUGUUUUAAGAGAAAUCCCUAGACAGAUAUUUGAAGCCGGAGGUGUCUCCAGUUUUUGGUAUUUAGUUGCCAAAAGAGAAUACAAAGAAUGAAUAUUUUAUGAAAGUCUUUGCUAUUUAGAAUUUUCUAGCAGGCUUAUAGAUGUCAUCUCAAUCCCAAUAUAAUACGUUGGCGCAUAGACUUGUCUCUAGGGCAUAUACUAUUUGUAAGUAAGAUGGCAUCAUACAGAUAUUUACUAUAUUCAGUUAGAUAUUCCGAAAACACGUUGCAACAAUUCCUCUAGACAGUUUUGUUUUGUGUUCUUACCAACAGGAAUAGUACAUUGUAAAUGCGUUAAAUUUCGUAUAUGGUAUUCAAAUAAAGAUGCAUUAUGUAAGGUUUCGAUAAAGAGUUGGCCAUUCUGCUAUAAUACUUUUUAAAAAAAAAGGGUAAUGAAAAAUGAUUUGAAAAUUUCAGUUAGAUUACUCGUUUCUAAAGGAAGAUGUCAGGCUUGGAAGUGUUCACAAUAUAGUCUUGGUUGUCAAGUACUACUGUUCUGAUAAAAAGCAGUCUCGAUUAUCCAAUUUUAAAUUAAUUUAUGAAGUGGCGAUCGUGUUUUAAUCCAUUGAACAUCACGACCAUCUUAUGUUCAAGAGAGCUUAUUAUAGGCUUGUCUUGUCAAUAAAUAUGUAAUUAUCUGUAUAACAUUUGAGGCCAAAGGAAAGACACAAAAUAGGUAGAAUUGGCUAUUACAUAAUGCAUCUUUAAGUUGAGAUCAUAUAGUUGUAUAUUGUUGCCUUCGUUGGUAUGUCUGUACGUUCAUCCACAAUUUGUGCAGGUUCUACAGACCAUAAAUAUAAAGUUUUUGUAAUUUUAAACUGGCUUUUGUUAUUCUGUAUAAUUCUGUGUCACUAGACAAUCAUUAGCAUUAAAAUUAUUACCUGACCCCAUUGCAAAGUGCUGCAUUACAGCUAUGGGGUACUAAGAAUGUUAACUCUUAUGGACGCAUCACAAUCUUGCAGGUCAACUUGUUCGAUGUCUGUCAAAAAAUCUGUAUUUUAUUACUAAGAAUCAUAAUUAAUUUUCGAAUUUUAAAUUGAGCUAAAGCAAAACCAUUCUUGUUAAACUAAACCUGUGCUUUGAAUGUGCACCCAAUAUUUGGGUAUAGGCUGUAUCUGAACAUACAUUGUACUAGCAUAAAGCAUUGGCAAUUGUACAUUAGAAUGUAUUUUAACUUCAAUUCCUGUUAUAUAAUUGUAUGAUCUCAAAGAUGUAUAAUCCAGGCUUGAGUCUUUAAUUGUAUUUUAUGUCUGUUUUGAAUCUAAACAACCAUAUAAAGAAAAACAUAUUUUGUACAAUGAAAUGUUGCAACGUUUUUUUUUUUAGUUCUUUGAAUUAAACGAAUCAAUCUUUUGAAAA